GUUUGUACGCCGGUCCAUUGAUUAUACGAUUAUUCAAUUAUUAUAACAAAAUGUAUCGUUUUUUCUCUUUCUCACUUUCUUUUUGUUCUUUUAUACGCUACUACUACUACUCUAUUACCUACUUACUAUAGCCUACAGGCGAACCCCUUCCAGUCCUUUUUCUAUAUUUUUAAUGAAAACAGUUCUUGCUUCGUAUAAAUCCUGUGUUGUUGAAUUGUCAUGAAGCUCGUACUACGACAGCGGUUUCUACCUUCAUUUAAAAAGCAUUCCGAGAUUUCCUCAUUACCUCAACUUUUAUUCAUUCUUGCCCUAAUCCUCUUGCCUCUUUUGGUGCAGGCACAAGAUUCGUGUCAACCGUCUUCUUGUGCAGCGCGAUGCAACGGGGCAUGCGGGUCUAACCAAGUAUGCACUCUGGGAACAAUGACCGAAUGCGGUGUAUGCCCCUCGUCCAAAUGUGUGGAUCAAACUGUGCUCGGUCUGCCCCCAGAAUCAUCGCCUUCGUCAGCAACGACCGCAGAUACCAGCGACCCGAGCACUUCCCCAGACAGCGAUGGCGACAGCAAUAGUAGUGGUGGUGGCGACGACAAGGGCGCGCUGAUUGGCGGUCUCGUCGGUGGUCUUGUAGGCGGAUUACUAUUGUUUGCAUGUGUUGGAUUCUGGGUUGUGCGACGGCUCAAGGGUAGAUCCAAGAAUACGUUGCCCUUUACACAGCAACGGCAGAUGAGCGAAAGGAGUAUUGCGACCACAAAUAACCAUAGGGAAAUUACCUCUGGCGUGAUUCCAGUCGCUUAUAUUCCGCCGUCACCUGAAGAAUCCAACGUACCAACUACCAUUACAGCCGCUGCCGCCGCCGCCGCAGCAGCAGGCAACGCAGCAGCAGAAGGCCGUUCAUCAUUGACCGCAGAAACCACCAACAAUGUUUCUGCUGUUGGAAACGAUGCAGACAGUAAUAGACGUCAGUCGAAAUAUCUCAGCGCGAGCUACGAAAGCGACGGUGACGAAUCGAUAGAUACUCGUACGUCCAUUGCAUCUACGAUCAGUAAUCAACCCACAACGCCAGCAAGGACCACCUAUGCUGUACAAGUCCAACGUGCUCGACCACAGAUCAUGCGUGUUAACCAAGUGCUAGUCAGCGAUACCGAGGGAAAUGGUACCUCGAGUAGUUUAGGCGGUGGCAGCACGGGUCUCAGCCGCAGUGGGUCAGUGCGCACAGUUCUUACUCGCGACGACGGCAGUGAAGCAGGAAGUGUGGUCCAUCUCUCUAGAUCCAACACAGCCCCUGCCCGUCGGCUAUUGACUAAUAGGACACCUCGACCAACAGCUCAACAACGUUCAUCUAUGAUACAGCAACGUCAUCAACAGCAGCCGCGCCCUACAACAAUCAUCAAUACCGAUCCAAGUCUUAUUGAAGCAACUGUAAACAAAAGCGUGGUUAUGAACAGAGGGAGCCCACGAUCUGAAGACGACCCUUUCCAUGACCGACAUAGCGCCCUCAUUGAAUCAAUGGCUGCAACUCCUACUACUGGUACUCCCGUGAUCGCUUCUAAUAGUAGCAAUGAUACCUCCAGUGCAGUCGCGGGUACUCGUCAUCUUUCAAAUACCCCAACGACAGAUAGCAGAAACAUUGGCGACGGCGAAAUUACUAUUUAUUGGAAUAAUGCUUAUGACCAGCAACAACAGCAUGACGAGAACAGCAGCAACAGGAUAUCUACCCCGUUACGACCGCCACCACGGCCGUCCACGUCUUCUUCACCAUCUACCACCAGCACUGCUACAUCUUCUUAUAACGCUACUACUAGCGGUAGUAAGCCACGAAACAGUAAUCCUCCUCCUCCACCCUCUCGUCCUGUAUCCUUAUCUCAACAUCCAUAAAACCAUCUGAAUAUAUUGUAGCAAAUAUACGUAUUAGCAUCAUCACCAUUACCCUCCACAUCGACAACAGCCCUUGCUUUCCUCCACUUUUCAAUAUAUCUCUGUACCACUAUUUAUUUGUACCCCUUUUGCAUCUUUCACAUCAAAUAUACUGCUACUGUUAUCUACACAUUUGUCACCGUGAGUUGUGAUCUUUUUGAAGCGCUCUUCCUCCCCUCCAACCACAACCUCCUUUAUACAGUCAUUUGCAUUCAAUCACAUAAUCUGCAGCUAAAGCUGUAAACAAAAUGCACAUAUAUCUGCUGAUGAAAUAGAGAAAGACCAGCAUGUAGUGCGAGAGUGACGUGGCGAGUUUGCGGCCUUGAAAGAAAACC